UGACGAUGUGCAUGUCCAGAUUGGGGUUGUAUGGUUGAUUGAUCAAGCUCAAGCGAAUUCGCCGACUUCAAACCUUGCCUUGCCUUUUUUGUCUUUCCUAAUCUAUCAUCACACCCUUGUCCGCUGUACUCUUUUCCCGCAUCCUCCAAAGGGUCCCUCCUGCAAAUUAUUGAUUCCACUAUGGCACAUCUGUCUAUCAUCACCAUGCCGACACUCCGAUUCCGAGAACCUCAACGCUUGCCCUUGUAUUCAUCGCAUUUGUUCGACCAAUCAUCUCGACUACACAGGCAUGCAAUGUCAUGUAACGUCUGCAAAUGGUGUACCUGUGCAUGCGCGCAUUGUCACGUACGUCCGUCUGGGUGUGUGUGUGUGUGUGUCUGUAUGUCCGUAGGUAGAUUGCAAUCAAACAAAGCGCGUAUGCACAUAGCCAACUUCGCCGAGGACCUUCACAUCGAAUACAUGGCUGGCUGAGAAAGCAGGGAAGGCUAAACCAGACGGUACCCCCACAACUCAUGUCCCGGAAACUCCGGAUAGGGCCUUUGUGUGCCUGACUGUGUUCCAAUCCCAGCCACUUUGUCCAUAUCCAGACUAUCUCGUUCUCGUGCAUGGACCCCGGAACAAGGGCACGGUACUAAACAACGGCUAUCCCUUAAGUAUUUUUAUUGGAUUGCUGUUGGCAUCCAGAAACUCUGUGUGUGUAGCAUGUAAGCGAGGAACCAAUGCACGACUUUAUAUUAUGAUGCAGCAAAGGAGUGGGGCGAAGCAUAUGUCAGUCGGAUUCGCCGGUUUGACGGAACCUGGUCUCCCUGCUUUUGAUGUGUCUGCUUACCGUCUGAAUGGAUGACAUGUUGGGGUGGUACCAACAAGCAUGUAAGGGUUGAACACGCAUGGUUGAAGGUUUACCCUGGUACAUACGUUAUGUAGCAAUGCGUAGGUAGUACGCAUAUCAUUUUACAUAUGUUGGUAUUAGAAUGGAGUCCGUAGCCAGGGUGAUCGGCAUACACCUUGAUGCAUAUUCGUGCGCUGUUUUUGUGUACGUAUGUCUAGGUCCCUUCCAACUUGGGGUGGUCCAGUUCCGGUAUACGCUUUAAGAGUGGAAGCGAUAUCGGUCCAGGAAGAAAAGCUAUUUGGCGAGAGCGAAAGGACGAGUAUGCGAGAGGAGGAAGGGACCCAACUAUGAUCAACGCAGAAGCCCACCAGCACCACACACUACGCAAUCCGUUCAAAAGGGAAUAAAUCCCAACACUCUGGUCGACUCGUGAUGUAUUGGAAGAUGCACACUACAUUGUACAUAAGUGCUACCUCAGAAGUCCAAAAUCACCCUAGCGAGGCUAUUGAACACUUGUUUGCAUGCACGCUGUUGUCCAACGCGCCCAUAACCUACUGCUCCAUCCACCCCACUCGGAGUUAGACUCCCAGCUCGCCGAAUGUCUGGUACAUGAUAAUGCAGGACACUCCAAGUGUAGCACUUCGC